AUGCUAUCAGGUCAAGGGCCGGUGCGAGCUGCCGAAAAGUUACACGCGGCUUGCGAUGAGUGCAGGACACGAAAGUUGAAGUGCUCGGGUGACAUGCCAAAAUGUCUUCGUUGCACAAGAGAGCAGAUAGGUUGCGUUUACUCGCCUCAGAAACAGAUGGGCCGACCUAGGAAGAGGAGGAGAGAAGGCGAGGCAGACGAAUCUGCCACAUUCGUCCAAGGGCCGAAUGAAAACACAAACAUUAUGAAUAGUUUUUCUGAGAUGCAAAAUCGUUCUGAUUUCGAUGGCUUAAACUCACCACCGCUCCUUCAAGAUACCUACUCUUCAAACGAGUCAUCAGGACAUGAGGCUUUGACGCCAGGGCAAUUUGACCCCAGUCUCUCUGACCAGUUGGGAAUACCACCUGGGUCCAACUCCGCGUCUCAUUUGGAGCCGGCAAUUGACCCAUCAUUGUGGGAACUGCAACCUGACACGUUAACCAACAACAUCAAUCAACCCCUAUCAAACCAACAGAUUGCAGGGCCAUGUACCUGCAUCACAACAACGUGGAUGGUACUUACUGAACUACAAGCUGUCACAGCCUUCGACUUUCCCCAAGUCGUCAUACCCUUGAGAAAUGCCAUGUCUGCAUUGGCCAACAUAAUCAGCUGUCCACAGUGUCCCAAGGAGCCCUUCAACGCGAUACAAAAUAUACAAUCCAUUGUUUCUUUGAUGAAAGCAAUAGUCCAACGCUUCAACAAGGUACUAUUAGAAGUCGACCGCGAAGCUGCUCGCCUGGAAGAAGCCGGUCAGAGAAAGCCAUAUCGGAUUGGUGACAAUAACCCUGCCUUGUCCCACCUACAUACUGGAACCGCAGACUGCCCAAUGGGCUUCAAUAUUGAAUUGGAACCCAAGGACUGGCGGCGUCUAGUAAAGACUGCGCUCAAGACAGAAGUGUACGGAAGAGGAAGCAAUCCAUGGCCACUGCUAGACCUAGUGAAGAAGAGCGAAAUGAGACAAGAGGAGUGGCACAAGGACCGACACUCUUGGGUUGAUGAGAUGAUACAGUUACAUGGUGGAAGAGAAGAGUGCCAUGUUUCACAAGGCUGUGAGGCUUUGGGAGCGCAACAUAUCCGGAGAGCAAUUGAUAAUCUCAAGUGGGACUGA